GGAGAAGGUAAACUUUGACCCCGUCAACAGGACCGUCUUGAUCAGAGAUCAUUACGACCUGUAGAACGUAUUCAUUCUCAGAUUCAAAACAAGCACCUGUUGAUAUUUCUUUUUAAUUUAUAUAUUCUUGAAUCAAAAUGGUUCUUGCCAACGGCGACGCCUCUUCCGCUCCGGCGUCCAUGCUGUCCAAGGAGACUCUGGACUACAAGACUGCCCUCCAAGUUUUCGAGAAGGAGUACCCGCUCCGCGAUGGAAUCGAUGUCAAGACUCUUCUUGACUCGGCCAACAAUGGCGGUCUCACCUAUAACGACUUUUUAAUCUUGCCUGGCUACAUUGGCUUUCCCGCGUCUGCUGUGGCUCUGGAUACCCCAGUCACCAAGCGUAUUACGCUUAAGACUCCUCUUGUGUCCUCUCCAAUGGACACUGUCACUGAGGAAAACAUGGCCAUUCACAUGGCCCUUCUUGGCGGCCUGGGUGUCAUUCACCACAACUGCUCUCCUGACGCACAGGCUGAGAUGGUCCGCAAGGUGAAGCGCUAUGAGAACGGUUUCAUCUCUGACCCUGUUGUGCUCUCGCCCAAGACCACCGUUGCCGAGGUCAAACAGCUGAAGGAAAGAUGGGGUUUUGGUGGUUUCCCCGUCACCGAGAAUGGCACUCUCCGCUCUAAGCUUGUAGGUAUGGUCACGAACCGCGACAUUCAGUUCCAUAACAACCUCGAUGACCCUGUUACGGUUGUCAUGUCGACCAACCUCGUUACUGCUCCCGCCGGCACUACUCUCUCUGAGGCUAACACCGUCUUGAGAGAGUCGAAGAAGGGCAAGCUUCCUAUUGUUGAUGAGCAGGGAAACCUUGUCUCUCUUCUCUCCCGUUCUGAUCUUACGAAGAACCUUCACUUCCCCCUCGCCUCCAAGCUGCCCCACUCCAAGCAGCUGCUCUGCGCUGCCGCUAUCGGCACCCGCGAGGAGGACAAGGCUCGCUUGGCCAAGCUUGUCGAUGCCGGACUUGAUGUUGCCAUCCUGGACAGCAGUCAGGGCAACAGCAUCUUCCAGAUCGAGAUGAUCAAAUACAUCAAGAAGACCUACCCUGACCUUGACGUGAUCGGCGGAAACGUCGUUACUCAAGAGCAGGCUGCCGCUCUCAUCGCGGCUGGCGUUGAUGGUCUGCGCAUUGGAAUGGGUAGCGGAAGUGCCUGCAUUACUCAGGAAGUCAUGGCUGUCGGAAGACCCCAAGCUGCUUCUGUUCACUACGUUUCCAGCUUCGCUGCUCGUUUCGGCGUUCCUUGCAUCGCCGACGGUGGCAUCCAGAACGUUGGCCACAUUGUUAAGGGUCUGGCGCUGGGCGCCUCGACCGUCAUGAUGGGUGGCCUCCUUGCCGGUACCACGGAGUCUCCCGGCGAGUACUUUGUUAGCAGUGAGGGCAAGCUUGUCAAGGCUUACCGUGGCAUGGGCAGUAUCGAUGCCAUGGAGGAUAAGAAGGCUGGUGCUGGCGCUGCCAAUUCUAAGGCCAGCAAUGCUGGAACUGCUCGUUACUUCUCCGAGGGCGACCGUCUCCUUGUCGCUCAAGGUGUCUCUGGAUCUGUGCUCGAUAGAGGUUCGAUCACUAAAUUCGUGCCCUAUCUCCUCGCCGGUCUUCAGCACUCGCUGCAGGACAUUGGUGAGAAGAGUUUGUCGGAGCUCAGAGAGAAUGUCCGUAACGGCAAGGUCCGUUUCGAGCUCCGAACUGUGAGCGCUCAGGCCGAGGGUAACGUGCACGGUCUCCACAGCUUCGACAAGAAGCUUUACUCUUAAUUGAGUCCCUUUUUCUUUCCUGCAAAGAGACCAUGGGCAACGCGAGAUGAUUAGAGUAUGAAAUCUACCUUCAGUUUUAAGGCAUCAUUCAUGUAGCACGCCUAAGGUAGCAUGCAAAAAUUUGGGGCGUUUUUUUGCGGAGGGUUCUGUGUUCUA